AGAGGGGCUGUUCUAAGAGGAACUAGGGCUGGGAGUCUGGUGCAGGAGCAGGAGCAGGGCCAUGCCUGAGCCACCCCCCAGAACACCCUGAGCCUGUACCCCUGCCACGACUCAUCGGGGCGCCCCCCAGGGGCCUGACACAACCCCCCCCCAACCAUGGGCAGCAAGGAGCGCUUCCACUGGCAGAGCCACAACGUAAAGCAGAGCGGCGUGGACGACAUGGUGUUGCUGCCCCAGAUCACUGAGGACGCCAUCGUGGGCAACCUCCGCAAGCGCUUCAUGGACGAUUACAUCUUUACCUAUAUCGGCUCCGUGCUCAUCUCCGUAAACCCCUUCAAGCAGAUGCCUUACUUCACUGACCGCGAGAUCGACCUCUACCAGGGCGCGGCUCAGUACGAGAAUCCCCCGCACAUCUAUGCCCUCACGGACAACAUGUACCGCAACAUGCUCAUUGACUGUGAGAACCAGUGUGUCAUCAUCAGUGGAGAGAGUGGAGCUGGGAAGACCGUGGCAGCCAAAUACAUCAUGGGCUACAUCUCCAAGGUGUCUGGCGGGGGCGAGAAAGUCCAGCACGUGAAAGAUAUCAUCCUGCAAUCAAACCCACUGCUAGAGGCCUUCGGCAAUGCCAAGACUGUGCGCAACAACAAUUCCAGCCGCUUUGGCAAGUACUUUGAGAUCCAGUUCAGCCGUGGCGGGGAGCCAGACGGGGGCAAGAUCUCCAACUUCCUGCUAGAGAAAUCCCGUGUGGUCAUGCAGAACGAAAACGAGAGGAACUUCCACAUCUACUACCAGCUGCUGGAAGGAGCCUCCCAGGAGCAGCGGCAGAACCUGGGGCUCAUGACCCCCGACUACUAUUACUACCUCCAGUCGGACACCUACAAGGUGGAUGGCACCGACGACCGGAGCGACUUCAGUGAGACUUUGAAUGCCAUGCAGGUCAUCGGGAUCCCGCCCAACGUCCAGCAGCUGGUCCUCCAGCUGGUGGCGGGAAUCUUGCACCUGGGAAACAUCAGCUUCUGUGAAGACGGGAAUUACGCCCGGGUGGAGAGUGUGGACCUGCUGGCCUUUCCCGCCUACCUGCUGGGCAUCGACAGCGGGCGGCUGCAGGAGAAGCUCACCAGCCGCAAGAUGGACAGCCGCUGGGGUGGACGCAGCGAGUCCAUCGAUGUGACCCUCAACGUGGAGCAGGCGGCCUAUACCCGCGAUGCCCUGGCCAAGGGGCUCUACGCCCGUCUCUUUGACUUUCUCGUCGAGGCCAUCAACCGCGCUAUGCAGAAGCCCCAGGAGGAGUACAGUAUUGGUGUGCUUGACAUCUAUGGCUUCGAGAUCUUCCAGAAAAACGGCUUUGAGCAGUUCUGCAUCAACUUUGUCAACGAGAAGCUGCAGCAGAUCUUCAUCGAACUCACCCUGAAAGCUGAGCAGGAGGAGUACGUACAGGAGGGCAUCCGCUGGACCCCCAUCCAGUACUUCAACAACAAAGUCGUCUGCGACCUCAUUGAAAACAAACUGGUGAGGACGGGGCCAGAGGACUGGGCCAGCUCUGCGGGUCUUGCUGGGUCGGGAGCUGGGCCUGGGAGAGGAAGGACGGGGUUAGGGCCCCUUCUCUGCACCUGCUGCCCCCUAGGGGCAGACGGAGCACAUAGAAAUAUCCCAUCAGCCACCUCAUCCGCUCACUCGGCGGGCCGCUUGUAUCGUCCACUCAACGAACCUUCCCCAGGGCAGCAUGCUCGGGGACAGAGGGGUCAACCCCCUCCUGGCUUCAAAUUAAACAGCAGACCCUCUGGGACCUCUGUCCAGGCUGCAGCACCUCAUCCCCCAAUCUGGGCUAGAACUGUCACCUCCCCCUCCCUCUGGCCCAGGCUGCAGCCCCAGCCCUGCAAUCUCCACUCGAACAUCAGACCUCCAGGGACCCCAAGUCCAUGCUGCAGCGCCCUGCCCCUUAUUGCAAACCAGGGGUACCGCCCCCAUCCUGUCAGCCUUGGGCAGGACCCCAGGGGACCCCUGACCACAUGGGCUGUAAGCAGCCCGCCCAGGCCUCAGCCCCUCAUUCCCCCCAACAAUGUCUCCCUCCAGGUCUCCUAUGAUGUUAACGGUUUCUGUGAGAGGAACCGGGACGUUCUCUUCUCCGACCUCAUAGAGCUGAUGCAGACCAGUGAGCAGGCCUUCCUCCGGAUGCUUUUUCCUGAGAAGCUGGACGUAGACAAGAAGGGCCGCCCCAGCACAGCUGGCUCCAAGAUCAAGAAACAAGCCAACGACCUGGUGGCCACGCUGAAGAGAUGUACACCCCACUAUAUCCGUUGCAUCAAACCCAACGAGACCAAGAAGCCGCGGGACUGGGAGGAGAGCAGGGUCAAGCACCAGGUGGAGUACCUGGGCCUGAAGGAGAACAUCAGGGUGCGCCGGGCUGGCUUCGCCUACCGCCGCCAGUUCUCCAAGUUCCUGCAGAGGUACGCCAUUCUGACCCCUGAGACAUGGCCCCAGUGGCGGGGGGAUGAACGUCAGGGGGUCCAGCACCUGCUCCGCGCGGUCAACAUGGAGCCAGACCAGUACCAGAUGGGGAGCACCAAGGUCUUUGUCAAGAACCCUGAGUCGCUCUUCCUUCUGGAGGAGAUGCGAGAGCGCAAGUUCGAUGGCUUUGCCCGCACCAUCCAGAAGGCCUGGAGGCGCCAUGUGGCAGUCCGGAAGUACGAGGAGAUGCGGGAGGAAGCCUCCAACAUCCUGCUGCACAAGAAGGAGCGGAGACGGAACAGCAUCAACCGGAACUUCGUUGGGGACUAUCUGGGGCUAGAGGAGCGGCCGGAGCUGCGUCAGUUCCUGGGCAAGAGGGAACGCGUGGACUUCGCUGACUCAGUCACCAAGUACGACCGCCGCUUCAAGCCCAUCAAAAGAGACUUGAUCCUUACGCCCAAGUGUGUGUAUAUAAUCGGGCGGGAGAAGGUGAAGAAGGGACCAGAGAAGGGCCAGGUGCGUGAGGUCCUGAAGAAGAAGCUGGAGAUCCAGGCCCUCCGGGGAGUUUCCCUUAGCACAAGGCAGGACGACUUCUUCAUCCUCCAAGAAGACGCCGCCGACAGCUUCCUGGAGAGCGUCUUCAAGACGGAGUUCGUCAGCCUCCUGAGCAAGCGCUUCGAGGAGGCGGCGCGGAGGGCCCUGCCCCUCACCUUCAGCGACACACUACAGUUCCGAGUGAAGAAGGAGGGCUGGGGCGGAGGUGGCACCCGCAGCGUCACUUUCUCCCGUGGCUCCGGCGAGGUGGCAGUGCUCAAGGCCAGCGGCCGGUCCCUCACAGUCAGCGUGGGCGACGGGCUGCCCAAGAGCUCCAAGCCUACACGGAAGGGAAUGGCCCAGGGAAAACCUCGAAGGUCAGCCCAGGCCCCCACCCGGGCAGCCCCUGGGCCUCCCAGAGGCCUGGACCACAAUGGGGUGCCUCCUUCUACCAGAAGGGGGCCCCUACCCCUGGAGAUCACACCUGGAGGGGGCUCCCAGCAGCCUCUCCGGGGCCCUCCAUCCUCAGCCCUGAGGGCGAGCAGACGCCCCCGGGCACGGCCGCCCUCAGAGCACAACACAGAAUUCCUUAACGUGCCUGAUCAGGGUGUGGCAGGCAUGCAGAGGAAGCGCAGUGUGGGGCAGCGACCUGUGCCAGGCGUGGGCCGACCCAAGCCCCAGCCUCGGAUGCAUGGCCCGCGGUGCCGGGCACUGUACCAGUAUGUGGGCCAAGAUGUGGACGAGCUGAGCUUCAACGUGAAUGAGGUCAUCGAGAUCCUCAUGGAAGAUUCCUCAGGCUGGUGGAAAGGCCGGCUGCACGGCCAGGAGGGCCUCUUCCCAGGAAACUACGUGGAGAAGAUCUGAGAGGGGGCCCGGAUUCUGCCUCCUGCCUGCCUGCCGGGGAGCCAGGCCCUUCCAGCGAGGGCCUCAUAUUCCUUGGCUGCAUUAGCCACAAGGUCCAGUCCUGUGGCCUCCAGCCCACCCUAGCCCAGCCCAGGCCCUGGGUCUGGGGGUCACCACUGCAGCCACCCCAGGGCCCUGGCCUCCCCCCUGUCACACGCGUUGCCUCCUGUUUCAAACAGGGCUAACAGCAGAAUCUACCUCCCAGCUGCCUUGUGAGUAUAAAUGAGUUGUGUCCUGUCAGCAAAGUGCCAAGCACAGUUGGGGGCACCUUGACAAGUAAGACUCCUCUUCUUCUGUCAUCACUGCGGCAAUAAACACUUGCCAGGUCA